GCUCAGCACAUGCAUUCAUGCUGAACAGCUUCGAUCGGACAGUGCAGGUCUGCUUGCCCCGCCAUGGCUGCCGAGCACGCGCCUGGGCUGUUGCUGGACGUGGUCGACGAGGCUUGGAUGAUGGACAAGCUGCCCGACGACGACGUGCCACUGCCGGCAGGGGUCACGCCGGCUGCAGAGGAGACGGCUGAUGAUAACUUGCAACCUGAGAAGCAGACCGUGAAUGAGGACAAGUGGAACGAACUGGGGCUGCAUACAAUUGAGUAAGCUUGUUCCAGAGAAAGUGCGGCCUGGUGCUGCAAUCAGUGAGGAAGCAUGGCGGCCGCGAUGGCUGUUUCGACAACUUCGACGCGCUUCUCUGAUCUGAAGCCUGCGCUCUCCGAGGAGACACUGCAGGUGCUGAAUUCCCAGGGCUUUGAGCGCACCACCCCGGUGCAAGCGUCGGCCAUCCCCCUGUUUCUCAGCAACAAAGACGUUGCGGUUGAGGCGGUCACAGGCUCCGGCAAAACCCUAGCUUUUGUGCUGCCAAUUGUGGAGAUGCUGCGCAAGCUGGAGGGCUCACUCAAGCGGCACCAGGUGGGGGCGGUCAUCAUUUCACCCACACGGGAGCUGGCGCAGCAGAUAUACUCGGUGGCGGUGCCCUUUGUGGAGACUGUGAAGGGGCUGAGGGCCUCGCUGCUGGUGGGGGGCACGGACGUGGGGGCAGACGUGCGCAGGCUCAAAGAGGAAGGGGCCAACGUGCUUAUUGGGACACCGGGCCGCCUGGAUGACAUCAUGGAGCGGGCAUCAUUCUUGGAGCUGAAGAGGCUAGAGGUGCUGGUUCUGGACGAGGCGGACCGCCUGCUGGACAUGGGCUUCCAGCGCCAGGUGACGGCCAUCUUGCAGCGCCUGCCCAAGCAGCGCCGCACGGGGCUCUUCUCUGCAACGCAGACGGAGGCGGUGGAGGAGCUGGCGCGCGCGGGCCUGCGCAACCCGGUCAGGGUCGAGGUCAAGGUCACCGGCAGCAGGCAGGGCGCGCAUGGGGAGCUCAAGACACCCGCCAGCCUCAGCAUCAAGUACCUGGUGUGCGAGGUGGAGGAGAAGGUGCCCCAGCUGGUGGACUUUUUGCAAACGCAGGCGCGUGGCCACAAGUGCAUCGUCUACUUCUUGACGUGCGCGUGCGUGGACUACUGGGGCACCGUGCUGCCGCGCCUGCCGGGCUUGAAGAAGCUGCCCAUUGUGGCAUUGCACGGCAGGAUGAAGCAGUCGGUUCGUGAGAAGGCGCUGGCGGACUUUUCUGCGAUGCCUGCCGGGAUCCUGUUCUGCACCGAUGUGGCAGCCAGAGGGCUUGACAUUCCGGGGGUCGACUGGAUUGUGCAGUUCGAUCCUCCCCAGGACCCCUCGUCGUUCAUCCACCGCGUGGGGCGCACCGCGCGCAUGGGCCGCGAGGGCCGCGCCAUCGUAUACCUGCUCCCUGAGGAGGACACGUACGCCGAGUUCCUGCGGCUGCGCAAGGUGCCGCUCGUGGAGCUGCCCAAAACCGCCGGGCUGCCCUCUCUAACAGAAAGCCUGCGCACGGCAGCCACGGCGGACCGGGACAUAUUGGAGAAGGGGACGCGAGCCAUGGUGUCGUUCGUGAGGGGCUACAAGGAGCAUCAGUGCAAGUACAUUUUCAGGUACAAGGACCUGCCGCUGGGACGGCUGGCCAUGGCCUUCGGUCUGCUGCAGCUGCCGCGCAUGCCGGAGCUCCAGAACGGGCGGGGCAAGUACAAGUUCAGCACCGACGGCUUCGUCCCCGCAGCGGUGGAUUCGGAUUCCGUGCGGUUCAAGGAUGCCCAGCGCGAGAAACAGCGGCAAGCAACACUCGCAAAGAGGGUCGAGGAGCGGGCACUAAGGAAAGGGAGCGAACACGAGAGAAAGGAGAAGCAGGCGGGGGCAGUAAGGGACAAGAUGGAGAAGCGAACAAAGAAGAAGCGAAAUGCGGAGCAGUUGGCAGGGGACUUGGAAGAUUUGGACAAGGAAUACAAGCUCCUCAAGAAGCUGAAGAAAGGGAAAAUUAGCGAGCGGGAAUACGCUCAAGCGAUGGGUGAUUUGGAGGAUGUUGCUGAUAGCGUAGCUGUGGAAGCGGAAAGUUUACCAGGAGAUGAGGGACAGAGUGAAGGGGAUGGAAGAGGGUCUCGGGGUUCUGUACAUCGUCAAGCAAGCACGCAGGUGUCAAGGAAAGGCUCAAAAGCAAGUCACCGAUCUAAGAAUAAACAAAGACGGAAGUUAAGUAGCUAAGGAGUCUGUUUGAAGCAUUAUUUUUCAUUGAAGCUUGUGGUAUAAAGAAGGUGAACAAGGAAUUGUGAUGUUGAAUGGGCGGCCUGCCUGGACAGUCUCUCUAGGGGACCAUGGGCGGUUGAAUUUGCAUGAUUGAAUUGUCAGAUCAACAUGACUCGUUGUGUAAGGUUGUCUGUCCACAACUUGGUUCAAUUCCUACAAUGACUGCAUAUCUAAAUGGUCUCCAG